CACACCCAGUGAGCACCCCUAGCAGCCAGUGGGCAUCUCCUUUCCUCGUAUACAAUCAGAAAAUUAUUGGUAGGCUGUUCUCUUGAGUAUCUGUAAGAUGGGUACGGGCGGUGGCGGCAAAGAACAACCGCACAAGGCUCACAGGUCACGCCAGGCAGGUCCCAAGAAGAGGGCCAAAUCCGAUAAAAGGAAGAAUUUUGACGACGAUGCUUCAGUCGACGAAAAAAAGCAGCAAAACCCCAAGGCUUUUGCUUUUAAUUCAAGUGUUAAAGCCAAGAGAUUGCAGUCUCGAACUGUCGAGAAAGAGCAGCGUCGCCUUCAUGUUCCUACUAUUGAUAGGUCUUAUGGCGAACCCGCUCCUUAUGUUGUUCUCGUACAUGGACCUCCCCAGGUCGGCAAGUCUCUGUUGAUAAAAUGUCUUGUAAAGCAUUACACAAAACAAAAUCUACCUGAAGUUCGAGGACCAAUUACUAUUGUUUCAGGUAAGCAGAGAAGGGUUCAGUUUGUGGAGUGUCCAAAUGAUAUCAAUGGCAUGAUUGAUGCUGCAAAAUAUGCUGAUCUAGCUUUGCUAUUGAUAGAUGGAAGCUAUGGAUUUGAAAUGGAGACCUUUGAAUUUCUGAAUAUUUUGCAAGUACAUGGAUUCCCAAAGGUUAUGGGAGUCCUUACUCACCUUGACAAAUUCCAGGAUGUCAAAAAGCUUAGGAAAACAAAGCAAAGGCUCAAGCAUCGCUUCUGGACUGAAAUAUAUGAUGGUGCAAAAUUGUUCUACUUGUCUGGUCUUAUACAUGGGAAGAAGUAUCCCGACCGUGAAAUUCACAAUCUUGCACGGUUUAUUUCUGUCAUGAAGUUCCAUCCAUUAUCUUGGCGAAUUUCUCACCCUUAUGUUUUAGUAGAUCGUUUGGAAGAUGUAACUCCUCCUGAACAAGUGCAUAUGAACAACAAAUGUGAUAGAAAUGUUACACUUUAUGGGUAUUUGCGGGGUUGUAAUUUAAAAAUGGGUUCCAAGGUGCAUAUUGCUGGUGUUGGCGAUUAUAGUUUGGCUGGUGUCACCGCGUUGUCUGAUCCAUGCCCUCUACCAUCAGCUGCAAAAAAGAAGGGACUGAGAGACAAGGAAAAAUUAUUUUAUGCACCCAUGUCUGGCCUUGGGGAUCUCCUGUAUGACAAGGAUGCUGUCUACAUAAACAUUAAUGACCACUUUGUUCAGUUUUCUAAAGCAGAAGAAAAUGGAGGAACAAAAUGCAAAGGAAAGGAUGAUGUGGGUGAGGCUUUGGUAAAAUCAUUGCAGAACACCAAAUAUUCGAUUGAUGAGAAAUUGGAGAAUAGCUUUAUAUCCCUUUUCAGCAGGGCCGGUAUGACUGGAGCGGAAACUCAGAAUGAUGUAAAAGAUAAGAACAAACAGCAGAGACGUGAUAUAGAGCCUUUGGAGCAGAGUGAGUUUGAGAAACAAAAUGAACCCAAUGGGUCAAAAGAAGAAAUCGACGGGGACAGUGAUUCAGAAUCUUCUGAUCAAGAUGAAUUGGCUGAAAGAGAUGCUCUAAUGAAUAGAGAAGACGAAGUUUCUGAUGAGGAAGAUGCUGAUGUAUCAAAUCAUCGGGCUAAUUCUAAAGAUCAUGUGAAGGAACAAGUUGAAUUUCAUGAGGGAAGAUUCAGAAGAAAAGCGACGUUUGGAGAUGACUCUGCUCAGAAUGGUCUGGAGGACUCCGAAGAUGGGAGUGAAGAUAAUGAGGAUGAUGACAGCGAUGAUGAUAAUGAUAUGGUUGAUCAAUCAAAGUCUGAUAUUAAUAUUUCAGAGGAAGACGAAGACGAUGAGGACACUGAUGAUGAUGAUGGCCUGGGCAAUGUAUCGAAGUGGAAAGAAUCAUUGCUUGAAAGGACUAGGUUGAAAAGAAAUAUUAACCUUAUGCAACUUGUAUAUGGGAAUUCCACAUCAACGGCUGUUAUAAAGGAAGAUAGGGACAUCAGUGAGGAUGAGGAAAGCGAGGGAGAUGACUUUUUUAAGCCAAAAGGGGAAGGAAAUAAGAAAAUGAAAGAAUUAUUGGAUGGUACAAUUAUAAAUACUGAGGAUUGUUCCAAAUUUACUAUGUAUGCUGAUCUCAAGAACUGGGAAGAAGAAGAUAUUUAUGAAAGUAUUCGUGAUCGUUUUGUUACUGGUGACUGGUCAAAAGCUGCCAAAAGAAAUCAACCUUCUGAAGCUAAUACUGAAGAAGAUGAUGAGGUUUAUGGUGACUUUGAAGAUCUAGAAACAGACAAGAAAUAUAAGGGCCAUUUAAAAGAUGAAUCUGUCAAUAACGCUAUGGAAGAAGAUAAGCAUCUGGCUGAGGAGCGAAGGCUAAAAAAGCUUGCUCAGCGUGCAAAGUUUGAUGCUCAAUAUAAUGGAUCUGAAUCACUAGAGGAGGAAGUUGAUGAGAAACAGGGAGCUAAGUUUCACAGAGCACAAGGCAAUGAAAGUGGUUAUUUUGAUAAGUUAAAAGAUGAGAUUGAGCUCCAAAAACAAAGAAAUAUUGCUGAACUCGGUGAGCUGGAUGAGGUUACUCGAUUAGAGGUUGAGGGCUUCCAAACUGGGACAUAUGUUAGAUUGGAGGUUCAUGAUAUUCCUUAUGAAAUGGUUGAACAUUUUGACCCUUGCCACCCUAUUCUGGUUGGAGGAGUUGGUUUUGGUGAGGAGAAUGUUGGAUACAUGCAGGUUAGAUUAAAGCGUCACAGAUGGCACAAGAAGGUGCUCAAGACAAGGGAUCCUAUAAUUGUGUCUAUUGGGUGGAGGCGUUACCAGACUACUCCUGUCUAUGCAAUUGAGGAUCGCAAUGGAAGGCAUCGCAUGCUCAAGUACACUCCAGAACAUAUGCAUUGUCUUGCCAUGUUUUGGGGUCCACUUGCUCCUCCUCACACUGGGGUGGUCGCUGUCCAAAAUUUAUCAAACAAUCAGGCAGCAUUUCGGAUAACUGCAACUGCAGUUGUACUUGAGUUCAACCAUGCUGCAAAAAUAAUGAAGAAAGUCAAGUUGGUUGGUUACCCAUGUAAGGUCUUCAAAAAAACUGCACUUAUUACAAAUAUGUUCACUUCAGAUCUUGAAGUAGCUCGGUUUGAGGGUGCUGCUGUUCGCACUGUCAGCGGAAUACGAGGGCAGGUGAAAAAAGUUGCAAAAGAAGAGAUUGGCAACCAACCCAAAAAGAAGGGAGGGGCAGCACGGGAAGGAAUUGCCAGGUGCACCUUUGAGGACAGGAUUCUGAUGAGUGACAUUGUAUUUUUGCGGGCGUGGACUCAAGUUGAAGUUCCUGAAUUCUAUAACCCAAUGACAACGGCAUUGCAACCUCAUAAUAAAAGCUGGCAAGGGAUGAAAACUGUGGCUGAGUUAAGGAGGGAAAACAGUAUUCCUGUUCCUGUUAACAAGGACUCGUUGUACAAGCCAAUUGAAAGAAAGGCGAGGAAGUUCAAUCCAUUGGUGAUAUCCAAGUCAUUACAGGCAGCACUCCCAUUUGCAUCGAAGCCAAAAGAUAUACCUGGUCGGAAACGACCCAAUCUUGAAAGUAGAAGAGCUGUUGUGAUGGAACCUCGAGAACAAAAGCUUCAUGUUGCUAUUCAACACCUUGAAAGAAUUAGAGCUGAAAAGACUAAGAAGCGAAAGGUUAACGAAGAGCGGAAGAGAAAAGAAUACGAGGCGCAAAAAAGCAAGGAUGACGAAAUAUCAAGAAAGCGGCAGAGAGAAGAAAGACGGGACAGAUAUAGGAUACAAGACAAAGCAAAAAAGAAAAGAAGCCGGUAGUAGUAGGGGUCUAUUGAAUAGUAUGUAGAAACAUUUUUCUGUCGGUGCAUAACAUUUCCGAUACUACAAUUUUUAUGCAAUCUGACUGUAAGCAUCACAGAUGAGUGAAGUUUGGUGUUAUGAGUAGGCAUGCACCUCGAAUGUUUUUGUUCUAAUUUUUGAUCGAUUGGCCCUAAUUUUGGAGAACAAGGGGAGUAGCAGGAAGAUAUCUGAUAUUUGCUGCUUUGUAACAUUUGUAACCUACGUAUCAUUUCAUUUUUGGCAAUAUUUUUAUUUUUUUA